AGAGGUGAAAAAAUAAUAUUGUUUUCCACUUUCCAGCAUUAUAAAGUAAAAAACGCGAUGAUUUAUUUUUUUAGUUUGCCUUAUCUAAAACUUCGAUAUCGUUAAAUACUCCCAAUUUAUAAAAAUAACAAGAUGGAAGAGGUAGAUUCAAUCAUUUUACAUUUUCUGCGUCAACUGAACCUAAAAAUAGAUGACAAUGUGAAGAACAUGUGCGAUGUUUCUGUAGAGUUUAUUAUUGAAGCAGCAUCAAAAUGCCUAAACGCUAUAAAUCCAUCCUUGAAAGUUCCUCAAAAAUUACCAAAAGGAAUCUCCCAUCGAAUCGAAGUAGCUGCUCAGAUAGCAUCAUUUUGCAAAGAUUUGGGGUACAAAAAUGAUGUUGGUUAUCAAACAUUCCUGUACUAUAAUGAAGCGGAAUUACGGCAAGUAUUUAUGUUUCUUAUUGAGAGACUACCCAAUGAAGGAAAACAGAGUUCAGUUUCUGCAUCUCUUAAAACAAACCAGUCAACAUUGAUGAAAGACGUUAGCAACAAGAUUUCUGAGGAAAUGGAAAAAAUAUGGGUACCACAUUGUUGCAAACCCAAUGAGCAACAAAAAGGAAUCACUUCAACAAAAAACAAUGUUCAUUUGUAUAAUACAUUAGAAAAUGAGAAAGAUUUAAUUCAAAAGCUAAUACAUAUACAAGAAAUGAAUACAAAUAGUAGAGAUACCAAAGCACAGGACGUUGUAAUGCAAAAAGAAUCGAAAUUAAAAACGGAAGCGUUUACAAAAGAACAUAAUAAAACUCUUAAAGAAUUAAAGGAGACUGCUAUAGUGUUACGACAGAAAUUAGACACUCUAGAAAGUGAAAGAAAUGUUAUGAAUGUUGAAUAUUCUCAGGCCCAAGUUUCGUGUGAAAAGGUUGAAGAUGAUUUGAAAAAUGUUAUUAAUAUUUUAAAUAGCAUAGGAAUUACAGAUGAAAAUUCAGAGGGCGUUUCAGAUGAGGUACUAGAAAAAGUACAAAAAAAUAUUAACAAACUACAUGCAAAAAGUGAAGAUUUAACAUCAAAAAGUUUGUCAUUGAAAGCAGAAAUUGAAAAUGUCAAGCAGAGUAUGAAUAGAUCUGAGUCUGAAAGAAAUAAAUACAAAAAUAUGUUAGGCUAUUUAAAAGAAUCUGCAAAAGCUAUGAAAGAGGAAUAUGGUCAAAAAGAACAUUUGAGAAAUCAACUCAAGUUGAAAUAUGAAAAAUUAAGAGGUGGUAACAAAAGAUCCAUCUAUACGAAACGUAUUGUAGAAAUAAUAAGCAAUGUUGAUAAACAAAACAUUGAAAUAAAGAAAAUAUUAGAAGACACAAGACAGCUACAAAAAGAAAUAAAUAUACUAGAAGGUCAGCUUGAACGGUCUUUCUCUGUUGCAGAUGAAACACUGUUUAGGGAUGCAAAGAAAGAUGAUCAAGCAAAGAAAGCAUAUAAACUACUAGCUCUGCUGCAUUCAGAAUGUAAAACUAUCGUGUCAUUGGUUAAUGAUAUAGGAUCUUUGCAAAGAGACAUUGUUGACUUAGAAGAAAAUGUUAAAACAGAAACUGCAAAGAGGACUGAAGAUACCUUGGAGAAAAUUAAAUUUGAUAUUGCAAAAAUUAAAGAAGAAACCUAAAUUUUUCAAUUAUUUAUUAUUAUUUGGUUAUGACUCAAAAUAAAGAGAAAUAGGUUUC